AUGAGGGUGAUCAGCUUGUGCGUUCUGGCGGCCAUGGUGGCGGCAGCCUCCGCUGCCAGCGACUUCAACUUCUUCCCCAGCAACGUGGUCAGCGAGGUCAGCGCCCUGGGCGGCCCCGCCAAGGUCGCGUGCGCCAACGGCGACUGCUCCUUCCCUUCCCCGUGGCACCUCGCCUCCCAAACCGCCUACCCCGAGCUCGGCAACGCCAAGGCCGGCGGCCUGCUGAAGAUCGCGGUCAGCGAUUACUUCCCCAAGGGCCCCACCCUGUUCUUCGUCCCCGGCGCGUGGUGCGACACCGCCGGCGCCGGCGUGAACGUCAAGCCUGACGCCGGCCUCUUGGAGUACCCGACCGGCCUCGUGCCCAUCGGCGGCGCGCAGGCCGCCGCCGCCUCCACCCCUCAGCCCGCCGCGGGCAAGCCCACUGCUGCGGUGCCGCUGCCGCGCCGCCUCAUGCAGGCCGACGCGGCCGCGCCCGCGGCAAGCGACGCCCCCGUGAAGGCGGCUGCCGCCCCCGCCGCUGCCAACGCCGCCCCUGCCGACGAGGCCGCCGCCGACCCGACGGAGGACCCCACCGCCGCGGCACCCGACGCCGAGCCCGAGGCCGGCGUGGCGCCCGACGGCGCGAACGACGUGGCUACCCCUGCCGACGCCCCCGCCGCCGAGGCCCCCGCUGCUGCUGCCCCUGCCGCGGCCGCCGCCCCCGCCGGCCCGGCUGCCGAGCCCUCUGAGAAGUCCACCUUCACCGUAAACGCCGGCGGCACCUGCAAGCUUGCGGGCGACGUCAAGUUCAAGCUGGGUGAGGAGCCCGCCGAGGCCGCCGAGAAGGUGCAGCUCGAGGGCGGCGCCACCGCCUACAAGAUCGCCCUGCCCAACAACCUCGCCAACGGCCAGGUGUGCCUUACAAUCCUGGCGACCUACAACACCGCCGGCGUCAAGACCACCCCCGCCUACACCGAGGCCUUUGAGCCCCUGGGCAAGACCACCGUGUUCAGCCGCAAGGUGUGCCUCUACAAGCUCACCAAGCAGGCCAACGCGCAGCUCGACUUCGACAUGUGCACCAACAACAAGUGUGAGUGGCGGCCAUGGCUCAUAACAGCAGCUGCAGAGCCCAUGGACGACCCUCUGGGCGGUGUGAAGCUGCGCGGCCAGCCCGUGGCGGCAGCAGAGGUUGCUAGAGGGCGGAUGUGGAGAUCGCUGCCUUGA